GCGGUGGCGGCGGCUGUGCGCAGCCCGGGCCUGGACGUGCGGCCGGUGGCGCUGGUGCUCAACGGCUCGGACCCACGCAGCCUCGUGCUGCAGCUCUGCGACCUGCUGUCGGGGCUGCGCGUGCACGGCGUCGUCUUCGAGGAUGACUCGCGCGCGCCCGCCGUCGCGCCCAUCCUCGACUUCCUGUCGGCCCAGACCUCGCUACCCAUCGUGGCCGUGCACGGCGGCGCCGCGCUCGUGCUCACGCCCAAGGAGAAGGGCUCCACCUUCCUGCAGCUGGGCUCCUCCACCGAGCAGCAGCUCCAGGUCAUCUUCGAGGUGCUGGAGGAGUACGACUGGACGUCCUUUGUGGCGGUGACCACGCGUGCCCCCGGCCACCGCGCCUUCCUGUCCUACAUCGAGGUGCUGACCGAUGGCAGCCUGGUGGGCUGGGAGCACCGCGGGGCGCUGACACUGGACCCGGGCGCGGGCGAGGCCGUGCUGGGCGCGCAGCUCCGCAGCGUCAGCGCACAGAUCCGCCUGCUCUUCUGCGCGCGCGAGGAGGCCGAGCCCGUGUUCCGGGCCGCCGAGGAGGCCGGCCUCACCGGGCCCGGCUACGUGUGGUUCAUGGUGGGACCCCAGCUGGCCGGAGGCGGGGGCUCGGGGGCGCCAGGGGAGCCCCUGCUUCUGCCGGGAGGAGCCCCACUGCCCGCGGGGCUGUUUGCAGUUCGCUCUGCGGGCUGGCGUGACGACUUGGCCCGGCGUGUGGCAGCUGGGGUGGCUGUGGUGGCCAGAGGCGCCCAGGCCCUGCUGCGGGACUACGGCUUCCUGCCCGAGCUGGGUCACGACUGCCGCGCCCAGAACCGCACCCACCGCGGGGAGAGUCUGCACCGGUACUUCAUGAACAUCACCUGGGAUAGUCGGGACUACUCCUUCAAUGAGGAUGGCUUCCUGGUGAACCCCUCAUUGGUGGUCAUUUCCCUUACCAGAGACAGGACCUGGGAAGUGGUGGGCAGCUGGGAGCAGCAGACUCUCCGCCUCAAGUACCCACUGUGGUCCCGCUAUGGCCGCUUCCUGCAGCCCGUGGAUGACACGCAGCAUCUCACGGUGGCCACGCUGGAGGAGAGACCCUUUGUCAUCGUGGAGCCCGCUGACCCCAUCAGCGGCACCUGCAUCCGAGACUCGGUCCCCUGCCGUACCCAGCUGAACCGAACCCACAGCCCUCCACCGGACGCCCCCCGCCCAGAAAAGCGGUGCUGUAAAGGCUUCUGCAUCGACAUUCUGAAGAGAUUGGCGCACACCAUCGGCUUCAGCUACGACCUCUACCUGGUCACAAAUGGCAAACACGGGAAGAAAAUCGAUGGUGUCUGGAACGGCAUGAUUGGGGAGGUGUUCUACCAGCGCGCAGAUAUGGCCAUCGGCUCCCUCACCAUCAACGAGGAGCGGUCUGAGAUCGUGGAUUUCUCUGUUCCCUUCGUGGAGACGGGCAUCAGUGUCAUGGUGGCCCGCAGCAAUGGCACCGUGUCCCCAUCAGCCUUCCUGGAGCCCUACAGCCCCGCCGUGUGGGUGAUGAUGUUUGUCAUGUGCCUCACUGUCGUUGCCGUCACCGUUUUCAUCUUCGAGUACCUCAGUCCCGUGGGCUACAACCGCAGCCUGGCCACGGGCAAGCGCCCUGGCGGCUCAACAUUCACCAUUGGGAAAUCCAUCUGGCUGCUCUGGGCCCUGGUGUUCAAUAACUCGGUGCCCGUGGAGAACCCCAGGGGAACCACCAGCAAAAUCAUGGUGCUGGUGUGGGCUUUCUUCGCCGUCAUCUUCCUCGCCAGCUACACAGCCAACCUGGCCGCCUUCAUGAUCCAGGAGGAGUACGUGGACACCGUGUCUGGGCUUAGUGACCGCAAGUUCCAGCGGCCCCAGGAACAGUACCCACCCCUGAAGUUUGGGACAGUGCCCAACGGGUCCACAGAGAAGAACAUCCGCAGCAACUACCCCGACAUGCACAGCUACAUGGUGCGCUACAACCAGCCCCGCGUGGAGGAGGCGCUCACUCAGCUCAAGGCAGGGAAGCUGGAUGCCUUCAUCUACGACGCCGCUGUGCUCAACUACAUGGCCCGCAAGGAUGAGGGCUGCAAGCUGGUCACCAUCGGCUCCGGCAAGGUCUUCGCCACCACAGGCUACGGCAUCGCUCUGCACAAGGGCUCCCGCUGGAAGCGGCCCAUCGACCUGGCGCUACUGCAGUUCCUGGGGGACGAUGAGAUCGAGAUGUUGGAGCGGCUGUGGCUCUCCGGGAUCUGCCACAACGACAAGAUCGAGGUGAUGAGCAGCAAGCUGGAUAUCGAUAACAUGGCCGGGGUUUUCUACAUGCUGCUGGUGGCCAUGGGCCUCUCCCUGCUGGUCUUCGCCUGGGAGCACCUCGUGUACUGGCGCCUGCGGCACUGUCUGGGGCCCACACACCGCAUGGACUUCCUGCUGGCCUUCUCCAGGGGCAUGUACAGCUGCUCCUCGAGUCGGAGGUAUGACGCGGCCCGGGGGGUCCGCCGCCCCCUCGGUCAGCGCAGGCCACGGCCCGAGGAGGUGCACGCAGUGGACAGGACCCGCGUGGGCUGGGGAGGAACCACGUGCAACUGGUCGGACCCCGCCUGGAGCAGCGUCCUGCGCCCCCUCGCAAACCCCUGA